UGUGUCGUUGCAGUAGCAGUUCUACUCGACAUUGUAAGAACGGAAGUGAAUCAACGCCAUCAAUUUGCCAAAUUUCAUGGCUUUUUAGCGAUUUAAACAGAGGAUUUGCCUAUGGUGAGGCACUAUUGAAUUCAUGUGAGAGUCAUCAUGGAAUCUUCAGGGGUCGAUGACCCAUUGAACACAGACAUCUCCCCCUUCCAUCCCAGUCAAGAUUCAAACAAUGCAUAUUCAACUCUCCAAAUGCUUACAUCAACCCAACCUUCGCCUGCGGAAGGUCUACAGGGGAUGGUAUCUCAGUUCAUUCCUUUCGCCAAUGUUACAAGUUCCGAGAGUGCCACCUCUGACAUCAUGUCCCAAUCCCAUACCGUGACGGUACCAGUCGCAUCGGAGCUCUGUGAUGACACGAUAAUUGGGAGAUACUUGACCGGUUUCCAACCCUUACACCCUGCCCUUGUCAUGGCCCCUCAAGAUUCAUCCAUGGUAGCAUCAAAUGCCUCUCUGCUGACAUCCUCAGAGGCUGUUCAACCUUCGGACACCGCUCAACCUCCAACUGCCAGUUCGCCACAGCUGACUACACUGACACCUUCCCAGUUCAUGCUAGUGUCAUCAACGCAGCUCCUCCCCUUCACCUCUUCUUCCCAGGUUACCGUGACAACAUCUCAUCCCACCAUGACAUCACCAAGCUCACUGGCAUCGUCCUCUUCGGAGCUGCUAACCUUCACAACCCCUCAACUCGCAACAAUAAUGUCACAGGGCACGUCCACCAUGCAAUCCCUUACUGACUUGGUCCCCUCUGUGAUAGAUGACGUGUCCAACCAAGCAGUGGUGACAUCAUCUCAGUUAUCCACUUCCCUUGAUUCUCUGGUCCUUCCUGCAGCUAAUCCUCAGAACCUACUGGAAGUAGCCACCAAGGCCAUCAGGGAAGAUGCAGAAGAUGAGGCAGGGGAAGCAGACUUUGCAACCUGCUGGGAUGACAACAUUCAUGGAGAGGAACCAGGCGCUUCAUCCGCUCUUGAUGAUGAUGGAGAAUACCAGGAGUCUUUCACCAACGAAUGGUCACGGCUAUUCAAAGAAAAAUUCUCUCCUUAUUUUGGUUAUGUCCACACUCUAGAAGAGGCUGAAGAGCUACUCCAUGUCUAUGAGGUGUGCACAGAAUCUAAAUACGUGGGCAUCAAGCGAUGUGACAAGACAAACUUUGAGAUCAAUGCCACCAGAGGGCGCCCUUUCCGCUACACCCCUCUCAUCAUCUGCGGUCACAAAGUUCCGUUUGAUUCUGUGCCUUACUAUCAUGGAGGUAAAGCCAUGUAUUAUUGUCAUUUGGGAAAUAAAAGGAAACAUCCCCCGAAGGACCGUCCGUUAAAGCACCCCGAGAAACGAAUGCAUAGCAAGAAGGUUGGAUGCGAGGCACGUAUCGCCUUUCGCGUCAUUGCAAGGUUUCCAGAGCAUAAGUUGAAGUGCGACACAGAGCACCAUCGGCUGAUAGCGUCGCAGACAUUGUCCAAAGUCUGGAAGGAAGGAGGGAAGGACAUCGCCGUCGAGUGGAGAGUCUACAUUAUGCUUCCCAAGGCUACUGCCCACACCAACCACGAACUCGUUCGGACAUUACGUCUACGCGAUAGACCUCUCGAUAAACGAUUAAUCGGUCGGAUCUGCCAACUUGUCAAGAUGGGACUCAGGAACACCCACACCAUUCAGAAACAUGUGGUUCAUUUCGCGGAGCAAGUGCUGCGGAAGGAAGGGAUGAGCUGGAAGAGGAGAAAGGAUAUAUGCGGGAGCAGGCAGAUCUGGUGGUAUCGCAAACAAAUGCUAGAUCACAUUGAGAGUAACACUCUGGAGACAUCCAAGUUCCAAGACAUGAUCAAGGAGGUUGAGGAUAUCGCUGAAAGACAUAACUACAACGGAUUCAUCCAGGAGCUGUCAGAAGUUGAGGAUGACACGGACACCGGCAAGUGGAGGAAACGAACAGUACUGAAGAAUCGCAGAAGCUAUGAAGAGCAGCUGUCAAAGCUUAAGGAAGAGUGCUUUACUGAAUUGCAGCACUUUGUAAACAAUGUACAGUCAUGUACUCAGGUCGAAGUACUUGCAAGAACGUUAAACAGCUUCAGAACUUUUCGGGAGACAUUUGAGAAGGAAUUGACUUGUGACGAGAACAAACAAAAAGAACCAGACAGUGCAAACCUCCCGAAUGGAAUCAUCCAGAUAUUCAAUGUUGACUCUACACAGAACAUUGGGAACAUCAGCCAAAUCCUACAGAUUGAAACAGGAACAAACCAGACAGCUAAUGUAGUCCAGUUACAGUGUACACAAGAAAAUAAAUUACAACCUUGAUGCACACUACAUGUAAGACCCGAUUGCAUGAUUGUAUACCUUUCUCGUAAUUUUGCUAUUCAAUAUUAACUUCCAUGUCUUUUGAUUUUGAUUGGCUGUUGAGUUUCGUUUCCAUGGUAGUGCCUAUUGUUUGUCAAAGUUACCAUAAUUUCAAGUCGUUAUACAACAGGCUCCAGGUUGGUGUUUCAUAAAGCUGUUUGUAAGUUAAGAGUGACCUUAAGAACAACGGGUGAUCCUUUCUUGUGGUACAUGUAAUUGUAUACACCAAAACUCUCAUUGGCGAUGGUUUAUUAGCGAGUAAGAAAGGUUUACCAGUCGUUAUUAAAGUCGCUCCUAACUUACGAACAACUUUAUGAAACAGCCCGUGGCCUCAAAGAGGGGCUCAUAUGGUGUUCAGACAUUUAUUCAUCUAAAAAAGCUUAUUUUCUUAAUAGCAGAAAGCCUUAUAUAGUUCCAAAACUGUCUAAUUUCCAAGCAAGAACCAAUAUGUUGUGAUUUUAGCCUAAUUUCUUGUCUUUAGCAGUGUCCCAGCUUUAAGUGCAGUCCAUUAUACAUGUACUUUUUUAUGUUCCAGUAGGUAUUGUCCAGUUCAGCAUGCUUUCGAAUGAACACAAUUCUUUCCAUCAACAAAAACCAAAACUUUUGAAAUGUAGCACACAACAUGAAUUUGCAAUUCACUUUGAGUACUACCUAGAAAUUCUACCGUACUUCUUGUUAAAAUUUGUAUCCAGUGACUCAAAUUGUGGUUCAAACACGAGUCUGUCUCACUUUUCAUCAGAUAAUUCAGAUUUAUAUUUUCAUUUACUAUUCAUUUAAGCAAUCAAUGAUUUCACGUUGCAAUCACAUUUUAAACUGCUUUUAUGGCUCUUGUGCACACCUGUGGGCAUUUUUAUAACAAAUGUAUUGUCUACAUACACGUAUACAGUAUAUGUACUGUAAUGGGGCGUUGCAAGAAACUUGCAAUCAAUUGCAAGUCUAUUUUCAUUCCCGGGAGUGUUUCAUCAAUAUUUUCAU